AUGAGGGUUAGUGAAUUGAUAGAUCCCAUAACAAAAGAUUGGGAUGUGGGGAAGCUAACUCGUUGCUUUAUGGAGAGAGAUGUUGGUCUGAUACGUAAAAUACCUGUAGCUCCAACUUUCACUGAUAGUUGGUGUUGGCGAGAUGACACAAAUGGCCAGUAUCAAGUAAGACAUGGAUAUAAGUUGAUGGUUUCAGUUCAGGACUCUGGACAUCCUGUCAGCUUUGCUUGGAAGGAUCUAUGGAGACUUAAGAUUCCACCAAAUAUCUUAAACUUUGUAUGGAGAUGCAUUCAUGGUGUUUUACCGACUAUGGUAACCUUAGCUUCAAGAAGAGUGGAUGUGGAUACAAUGUGCCAUCUCUGUAAACAGCAUCCGGAGACAUUGCGCCACUUGUUUCUUGACUGUAUACACGUACAGGCUUUGUGGGAUUCUGCCCCGCUCAUGCAAAUCGCAAGUGAUGAUGAUUUUGUUGAUUGCUUCUCUAAAUGGCUAGCAAUGGCUGAUGGGCAGAUUGUCAAGAGUUGCAUUGCUGCUUGUUGGAUAAUUUGGAAACACAGUAAUGCUCUAGUGUGGAAUAGUAAGGUAUGGCUGCUUUCAUCUCUCAAGCAUGAUAUUACACAUACGUUAAUUGCAUGGGAGGAAGGUUUGGAGCAUGCUGUGCCACCUUUAUCGGCAAUGACAACCGUUGACAGCCACCUAUGCGAGGAACAGGGUACCGUUUGUAUUUUCGUCGAUGCGUCGGUGUUUCAUGAUUCAGGUGACGGUUUCUUCAGGGCCAUAAUAAAGGAUAACGCUGGCGCUUACUUGGCGGCUAAAAAUGGUCCACUUAGAUGCAUAGGGGAUGCCUUUUUGGGUGAAGCAAUGACGGUGAAGGAAGCACUUUCCUGGGCUAAAGAGAGAGGUGACAAUAAGGUGAUUAUCUAUUCUGAUUGCCAAAUAGUUUGCAGAUGGUUUUCUGGUAUGACACGUGAUCUAUCGUAA